AUGAUGCUUGCAUGGAAGAUAAGCCCUUGUCUAGCUGCUGGAAAUACAGUUGUACUCAAACCGGCUCAAGUAACUCCAUUAACAGCUUUAAAGUUUGCUGAGCUAUCAGCUAGAGCUGGAUUCCCUAAAGGAGUCAUCAACAUUCUUCCUGGAAAAGGGUCUAUAGUUGGUCAAGGAUUGUGCGAUCAUAUGGAUGUCAGAAAAAUUGGUUUCACUGGCUCGACUGAAGUUGGUAAAGGAAUAAUGAAGAGUUGUGCUGAGAGUAAUGCUAAACGAGUAUCACUUGAGUUAGGUGGUAAAUCCCCACUCAUCAUCUUUAGUGAUUGUGAUCUUGAUAGAGCUGUUAGACAAUCACUAGGUGCAGUGUUCUUCAAUAAAGGGGAAAACUGUAUUGCUGCUGGACGUUUGUUUGUUGAAAGACAAAUACAUGAUGAAUUUAUUGAGAGAGUAAUUGAAGAGGUUAAGAAAAUGAAGAUAGGUGAUCCACUGGAUCGCUCAGUAUCUCAUGGCCCUCAGAAUCACAAAGCUCAUCUUGAUAGCUUGAUACAUUAUAUUAAGGUG